AUGAUUCAGCACCUCAAUCAUGUGGACAAGUGCUUUAUUCUCCUAAAAAUCCUCUCCUUCAAGCGGACUUGUUCUUCAAAGGAUUGUCAGCCAAACCAAGCCAAGAAAUGUGAUAAAUAUCAAUACGUGAGCACUUCCGGUCGCAACCGUAUAGAAAAAGCCGGCGAGUUAGAAGCGCUCCUAAGCCAAACCGGCAUCAACGCAUCGUCCAUUUUGCAUUCAACGUUCGACACCGACACCGAGCUGAAUUCUAAUUCCACCUUCCUCCCACUGGAACCGUUCGACGAUUGGGAGUACGAGUGGGCCAGUGAGGCGAAAAUGGGUCCACUACUGCCACUGGAGGCCUUUGCGCUACUUCCAGCCACCCAACACUGGCAAAAGGUACUCGUGCUGGAGUGCAACGGUGCAAACAACCGCUGGAAAGUGGCAAAAAUGUUGGACCGCACUUCGAACCAACCCGCAAGCGACUGGACGCUACCCCGGAUUCAGCUGUACUUUCCUUGCGAAGACCCGGCCAUGUUUGCGCGGCGCAUCUCGGCCGCCAUCGAAGCACGAAGGAAGGCGGAAAGCCGGAUCCGAUUUCUAUUUCUCUGUAAACACAUAGCAACCGACGACGGCGUCGGUGGCUUUUACGAUCCGGACGAACAGCUACAGAAGCGCCUACUGCGGCGAAUGACCGACGAAGUUUACAGCAUAUUUAGGCGAAUCUACCAAGACUUUCACAUCCAGCUGGCUGUCGUUGAAUAUUUGAAGCAUGCCGGUGGCGCCAGGAACAGGAGCAGCAGCCAGUCCAUCGCUAUCGAGUGCUCACUGGCCGGGAAGUCGUGGAGCAAACGUCCGGAAAGCUUCUCCACGCCGUUGCCAGCGAGUGGCCAGCACGGUGUGCUGUGCGAUCGCCUCCGGCGUCAAACAUUGCUCUGCCAUGCGAACGCUUUCCAUGGAUUGCGUCUCGUGAACCAUGAAUGUGAGCUGGUGAGGAAGCUGCCACUGUUUGCGGUGCCACGCGACAAGCCACCGGUCACGCUGGAUGAAUUCGAGAAACAGAAUCGCCUCCAGACGGACCGCGUGCUGAAGUACCUGCGGAAUGGUUGGAUCGAACGGACGACGAUGCAUCUGUACCGAUGGUUGGGACGCAUUGGCCCGGGGUGCUACGAUAUUGCCGUUACCGAGUGGCCCAUCUACCUCGUCUCGAAGACGCGACGCUUGAUCGAACAGGUUCGGCUGCGAAUGCAGGAUGCAUUGUGGGAUCUUUGUCUCGAAUCGGCCGAUAGCUACCUUCACCAUCUGGUCAAUGACUGCCCGGCUAUCGAGGAGGUCAACGAAACGUUCUCGUGGGACUCGAACCUAAUCGAUAGCCCUUUUGAACCGAGGAGACCUACUCCCUUCGAGCUGACACUACAAAUGGGCCCGGAGUGUGCUUACUAUUCCACCGAUCCGGAUUCCUUUCCUUCACUUUUACGCGACAUUAUGGAUGACGCGAUAAGAGGCAGCCAUUCGGCGCACACCAUCGAACCAUCGCUCAUACAAUCGCUCCUUUUCGCGGACAAUCUGUACCUCUCGUCGGUGGGUCUUAUCGAUCCGGCCAUGGUCGAGCGAAGGAACGCGCUGGUGAGUUACUACCUGAAGGCACUGAUUCCGGUACGCGCCUACGCCGCACGCUACAACGCAUACCAGGAGCUGUUCCACACCAACGCAAAAGACUUUAUCGAAGAAGCGAAAGCCACGGACCGAACUUCGUCCGAGAUCAAGGAAGAUAUCGAGUUCCAAAUUCGGAUGCGUGAAAAUCUACAGCACACCGUACCGCUCCGUAUCGCCAUCGGUCCGUUCUCCAUCAUCGUACGGCCGCUCCGUGACGCACUGAUCCAGAAACGGGAGGAGCUAACGGUGGCCCUGCUCCGGAUGCUUACCGAGAAGCUUCGGCUCAAGACGGCCGGUGUGAUAGCGGAGUACAAUGGCGUCAUCGAGCGGAUGUGCGAAAAGCCCGUCUCCAUCGAGCACAUUUAUGCGAUUCGCGCCUUCAUGGAAGGUGUUCCGGAAGCGCUCGGACGGCUCGAGGACCGCAUGCGAGGCGUUCUGUACGAGUACGAAAUACUGGAGGGCUUUUGGGUCGCUUUGCCCGAUGCGGACUUUGCUCAGAAAUGGAAAGCGCUCGGUUACCCGAGGACCGUCCUGCGGCAGAUGACGUCCGUCCGGGAGUUUCACGAGUCCGAAGUGGACCGGUUCCGGAAGCAACAGUUCGCUGAUGAGGCAACGUUCGCUGCCAGUGUCGAGGAUCUCAAUGCGUACAUCGCACGCUUCACGACCCUUUACGAUGUGGCCAAAGUGUCGGAGCUAUCGGUGGAGGUACGUCGGCUGUGGAAGACACUCCAGGAGCUUAUCGAGCAUGGGCACGUGCUGAACAAGCGGCAGGCACUGUUCGAGAUGCCUCCGAUUGGGUUGCAUAAUUUAUACGAUCUCCGGGACAACUUCCGCGCCUACCGGGACCUCUGGACGGUGGCAGCUGACUAUCUCAAGCUCGAGGAAACGUGGAUCGGCAAUCCACUGGCCAGUGUUGACCUGGAGGCGGUACACCGCGGACUGACGAAUGCUCACGACCGCUUGAAAGACCUGCUGGGUCUGUUUUGCGACCAACCGCAGCUGUUGGCCGUCGUAGAGCACUUUAUCCACACGGUCGAAGCGUUCCGGCCGAACCUGGAUGUAAUGGAGCUGCUCAAGUGUCCGCACCUGGACUCGAUCCAUUUCAGCCAGAUAGCGAAAGAUACUGGCAGCAAGGCGAAACUCUCCGUGGAUGUUGGUUUCGAUGUGUUUCUCGAGAAUGGCGUAAGGGAGCACGUCGGCGCGAUUCGAGCGAUUGUCCAGCUGGCCGAAGAGCAAAAGGAAGCCCGGGAGCUUCGGGAGGCCGAAGAGGAACGCCUUCGGUUGGAGCGUGAAGCGGUUCAAAGGGCUCGUGAUGAGCGGCGACGGAAGAGAACGGAUAUUUAG